CGUUUCCAGUUUACCCGACGUCGUUUCUCGUCGCACGACACACCGACUUCACUCCCGUUCAAGCCGUUCGGUGCUUCGAAAAAUUGUCGCGCCAGAUCAUUCUCGUGCAACUCACGGUCAUUUUGUUCAAAGAAAUAUCUAACAGUGUGAUAUCAAAAAAAAAAAGAUCUCGAAUAUCAUCGUGCACAAUUCUUAAACCUCGUCGAACAUCCGAUGUUUAAUUCAAACUCUGGUGAUAGAUUUAAAUGAUAAUAUUCGGUAUAAAACGAACAAGCUACUAAAUAAUUGAAUAAAAACUUGUGAACUUAUUGAAGUUACUAACAAUUAGAAUAAUUGCAAACGAUAAGUUACUAAAAGACAGUAAAACACGAGAAUAGCAAGAGAUAAGAGUAUAGUAAGGGACAAUGUGGUAGGCGAAGUUAAAUAAUCGCGAUCAAGAUCAAGAAACGAGAUUGAUGGUGGCCUGCGAGAAAUCCAGUUGGCUCGUUGAACCUCGAUCCGUCCGUCUUCCGUAAUCUCGACCCUAUCUCGCUUGGGUGAAAAUUUAUAGAACGACUGCACGUUACACACUGUCAAGGUCAGCUGUGGAGCCCGAUUUCCCAAAAUUCAACGGAAACAUCGCGGACAAAAUGAAAGGAUCGCGAAUCAGACACGAUUCAGGUCUCGAUGGCUCGAACGACGCGUUGGAUCCUCGAUGUAUACAGAAAUAAAGCGAAAUCUCUUUCUGAACGCGCUGGUUAUUGCGUACUCAGUUACUGAAACGUCGUUAACGGGGGUUCGUGUGGACGGAAAUAGCUACGAGGAAGAUCCGUGACUAUGCUCGAUAUUAAAAAUGCGCGCCCGUUACAACGUGACAGCGCGUGAAACGUUCAAUAAAAGGAUCGACCGACUUCUCGCGCAGUAGCGAGGAGAAUCUCGAUUUUCAAAGUCGCUUCUGCGAAAGAAGAAAAAAAAAGAGAGAGAGAGAGAGAAAGAGAUAUUCCGUAUGUAAAAUACCGUAUUGUGAAUCGGAGAAAAAUAAUACCUCGCGUGUCGGAAAUUGCGCGAAGCUACGAUAAAAGUUCUCCGAUUGUGUAAUCAGCCGGUUCUGGCGAAUGUGAAAGCUGAUUCGCUGAAACUGCGACGAUUCUCGAAAGAAGAAAAAUCUAUAAUAGAUACCGGAGAGCCGGAUUGUGUAAAAGAAUCUUCGCCGGAAGGAAAACAGUGACAUUCGAAGCGCGCCCGUGAUAAAUCUCGGAAUUUGGGCAAGUUCUAUCUGGACGAUUGAAAAAGUUGCGAAAGAGACGUUGAAUGAAAUUACGAAAAAAAAAAAAAAAAAAAAAAACAGGGGAAAAAAUGUUCGUAUAGACUUCGCGUUAAUCGACGAAGACGUUGGACGGAGAAAUCGAACAAACAGUUGUCGUUGUUGUUGAUUCUUUGAGAUACGAAGAUAGUUUCCAGGCAAACUUAUCCGAUCGAUACUUCGAUCGUCUUCCACCAUAUAACCAUAUAGAACGAUCGAGGGGAAGCCUUAUUUCGGGCCUGCGUCAAGGUCGCGGCGAAGAGGAAGUCUAUCUGCAUUCCACUUCGAACUAUUUGCGUAUCGAACUAAGCCGCGAUUCCGUUUAUCUUUCCCCGACGACGGCAAACGCACACUGGACCGAUAUAAUGCGAUUACCUCUCACUGUCACCGGUGGAAACCGAAUCCAAUGAUUGACUCAGGAUUCAAAUGACGAUUCGCUAGAAUUUCGAGCAAUUCAGGUAUUCUUCUGAUCGUCUUAACUCGUUCGUCUUCUUUAACAUACGAGAUACUUGAAGCGUUGUUAUUUGAAGUUUAUCAAUUCGUGGACGAUUAAAGUCCGAUGAAGUUAAAAAAAAAAAACAAUUGAAAUUACUUUCGAAGGCAUCUGACGUCUUCAAAUUCGAUCGUUCGUGUGCUUUCCAACGGAUUGAUUGGAUAUUUGAAGUACAGAGUUCAUCGAUUCGGAGACCGAUCGAAUUAUACAAUUAAAGCCGGUAUCUUUAGAAUUCCACGUGACAGAGAUAUUUCAAUCAUCACGUUGGUCGUUCGUGCACGAAUUAUUUGAAGUGCUUAGAGUUGACUGAUCGAUAGACAGAUCGAAACAAUUGAAUCUAAACAAUUGAAACAAGUAACGAAUAGCUCGGACUCGUUAGAAUUACAAGCGAUAGAAAUAUUCUGAACCGAGUUUUCCGAUCGUUUGUCAUUUCUAACGUGCAAACUACUCGAAAGCGAUUGAAUUGGACAAAUGAAAUUGAAAAACAGAAUUGGAACAAGCAUCUAAUUGAAAAUCGUUAAAGUUCCACUUUCCAAGUGGGAAAUUACUCAAAUUUGGAAUUUAUCGAUCGACAGACAGAUCGAAGUAAUUAAAUUCAAAAUAAAAGAAAAAAAAAUAGAAAAAAUAAAAAAAGAGAAGAAGAAGAAGAAGAAGAAGGAGGAGGAGGAAAAGAACGAUUAUCCAAAUGACAAGUGAGGCUCGUUAAAAUUCCAACGGAUGAAUUAUUUGGACUGCUCGAAGUUCACCGACUCGUAAACAGAUCGAAACAAUCCGAGUAGGAGGAACGAUACAGAUGUGGUUCUAUCUCGUGGCAAUUAUCUAUCACGUUGAAUCAUUUCGUGGAUCGUUUGAGACAGUCCGUGCGAUAUACGGGGAGCGAUAUAUCUCGGAGCAUCUUCGAACAGGCUAUUUUCGCUAUUUCCGAAUAUUCGUUGCCCGCCGAGAGAGACUUUGGAGAAUUUGAAACGCCGCAGACCUCGAGGAACACUUUAAAGCCAGUUGAUCUACCUUCUAUUCUAGUCCAGAAUAUUUCGUGACCAUUGUCGAACACAGACACGCACACAUACACACAUUCCCGGAAUAUAAAGACAACAUUUCUCUCGUCAAUUGUUCUCACAUUUUUCUAAGCGGGGAAUCCUGCUCUUAACGUGCGACCGUGCGUCGAGGAUCGUUUAACUAAAUUACCCAAUUCAUGAAACAUUGGAAGGUAAAUCCGAGGAACACGAGGGACAGUGACGACAUUCAGGAACAGAGGACGUAAAUGAAAUAUCAGCGAGUAAAUUGUUUCUUAUUAAAUUCUAUAAACUUGAAGAGAUUGUGGAUUGGUCAUCUAAUUCAUUAUUACGUGAAACUAUAUAAUCUUCAGGCUACAAAUUUUUCCCAAUUAUCGAUCCCGGACUUAUUUAUCACGCGAAGCUGUAAUAUUACUUAUUACGUGAAAACGUACAAGAACACUUACGAAAUAAGAAAUAAUUUACGAAACCAAGUUAUUAAUUGUUACGUGAAGUGUUUUCAAGCUGUACAUUUUUUUAUCGCUGUUAUCGCAGUGAAUCGUGAUAAUACAUUCGUAUGAAAACGAGAAAGAAUACUUAUAAAGUAACAAACAAUUUAUGAAAUCGAGUUAAUUAUUAGCAUCUUCAGACUAUAAGUUGUUUGUUGUUCAACUUCAUCCAAUUAUCGCACAGAAGAUCAAUGAUAAAACGUGCUUACGGAGUAAAUAGCUUGUAAAAUUAAAUUGUUCGUUAUUAUGUAAAGCAUACCAUUUUCUGUCGUUGAAUUUCACAGAUUGAUUUUGAAAUUCACAACUCAUUGUUGCAGAAGAUAAUAAUGAUACUUGCAUAUAAAGAGGAGCAAGUAAUAUAUAAAUAAUUUAUGAAACUUAAUUACUUAUUAAGUGAAUUAUCUUUAGGCUAUAAAUUUUAUAGGCUAUUAUUGCACGAAAUUAUGAUGAUUACUAGCGUAAAAAAUGUGCGAGAAUAGUUAUAAGGUAACAAAUAAUUUGCGAAAUUAAAUUAAUAUCAUUAAUAAGUGAACCACAAUCUAUCUUCAGGCUAUAAAUAUUUCAUCAUUUAUCUUCUUAUUAUUAUUCGUGACUACUUAUUAUUCUAUAACAAAUAACUUAUGAAGCUAAGUUAUUUAUUACAAAGUGAAGAAUCUCCAGCCUACGAAACUACAAAUUCAACACCAACUAAGCUACUUACUAUCAAACGAAAACUAUAAAUUUUCCACUCUAAAUUCACUUUGGAGCAUUAUCCACGCGAAAUUACUUGGAUUAACAGAAAAGAGAACAGCACGAGAAUAUUUGGAAAAUAACAAACAACCUACGAAAAUAAUUUUACACAGGUCACAAGUUAAAGAAGCAUAUCGAAUUCCUCCAAAACAUGAGCGUGCAACGUGAGAUCAUCAGAGUUGAUGGGCAAAUACUGUGUUAAUUAGACAUCGUUCAUUCACGAUCGAAGAUCUUAAAUGAAAGACGAAUAGACGGAGAGUAAGACCAACCUCACAUUAUAUCAAAUUACAUCUCAUUUAUUGCGAAUCAGUCAGAUCUCGCGUAGUUGAGGGGCGAAUUUAAUAAGCAACUUGAACAGAUUUGGAGACACCUAUUGCGGAAACGCAAUUUCGUAAAUCGCCGUUAUUCUCCGAAUAGGAAUUUUGACUUUGACAAUUGAUUUGGAAGUCAUCCGAUAUUCAAUAUCAGAGAAUUAACUGCGUUGCACGAUCUCUGUACUCUUAAUACCACCUAAUUCUACGAGCAAAUUUCCCUCUUGAACAGUCUUCCGACUGAGAACGUCGAGUGGGAAUCACUGAUCGAUUAUUAAUUAUCGGCUAUUUAUAAAGAGAAACUUUCAGAAGCGGCGGUGAUUUAUCGAAAAAUAAAAGAAAGAGACCAAGAAAGAGGAAGAAGAAAAGGAAACCAUGUUCUCCAUCACGUCGACGUACAGCACACACGCGAGAUGCAUGGAGGAAUCCUCCUCGAUGGACGCGUCUCCGCGUGGCAGACGCUCGGUCUCGCCGACCGUGUGGUCGAAUCUGACGCAUUACGCUUACAGAAACAGAAGCUUCGACUUGGAUUUCGAGGAGAAGCCAGUGGAGGCUUGCCACUCGUUGUACUUUCUGCUGGAUUUCUUCCACCAGUAUUACAUUCCGUCGAUCAUCCUGCUGGGGCUGGUGGGCAACCUGCUGUCCUGCGUGGUGUUCCUAAACACGCACCUCAGGAUACGAAGCUCCAGUUACUACCUGGCCGCGUUGGCCACUGCCGACUUUGGCUUCUUGAUCACUCUGCUGCUUGUUUGGCUGAACAACACCAUCGGUUGGAAGGUGUUCAACAAAGACGGCUGGUGCGAGACGUUGGUCUACGUGAGCGCUGUUUGCAGCUCUUUGAGCGUCUGGUUGAUCGUCGCGUUCACGGUGGAGAGGUUCAUCGCGGUUCAGUAUCCCCUGCACAGACCUCACAUAUGCACCAUAGCCAGGGCGAAGACCAUCGUGCUGGUCCUGGUGAUUCUCGCUUUGGCGAGUCACUCGUACUCCUUUGUCACGGCCGGUGUGGUAACGAGCCGAGACGGUGAGGAGUACUGCGACUUGAAGGUGGAAUACUUGGAGACAAUGAAGAUCAUCAGCAUAAUCGACAGCAUCGCCAGUCUGAUCGCGCCGCUGGUGCUCAUCAUCGUGAUGAACACCAUGAUCAUGAGGAACCUGCUGCGAUUCAGCAGACGAUUUAAGCAGACCUCGACGACGUCCACCGACUGUCCGAGCAGGGACCGAUCGGACAUCAAUUUGAAUCAAAUUCCGAGUGGUAGCAGCAGCAACAAUGGCGCUGGUGGCAUCAAUCUGGGACCAAUGGUCGGAGGUCGACGGUUACCCUCGCAGCAAUCGUUUCACUCGUCAAAGAACAACCAUUCUCAUCACUCUCGGCAUCAGACCACGUCCGCGCCGCCAUCAACGCCACGGAACGCUUGUCAGCUACCCGAAAUAGGAACUCGCUGUAUACAUAUUAGGUCGUCUUCGAGGAACCUCGUAUCUACGAGGAAUCAGCAGAGUAUCACGAAGAUGCUGCUCCUCAUCAGCACUGUUUUCAUUCUUCUCAAUUUACCAAGCUACGUGAUCCGACUGUGCGUAUUCUUCUUCACCUUGGCCCGCAAGAACACGCCGGAUUUGCUCUGGUGUUUGCAACAAUUUUUCAUGCUUCUUUAUUACACCAACUUCAGCAUCAAUUUCUUAUUGUACGCGAUGUGCGGCAUCACGUUCAGGCGUUGUCUGCAACAAUUACUGCGCAAGGUACUGAAAAGCAUGACCAGGUACCAUUGCAAUCCCCAAGGAUACAUAUAAGACAUUCGAAUUUUUGGAUUCGCGAUUCAACCGAAUCGAUCUCACAGCGAUUUCGUUGGCGUUAAAAUUCGACAACGUGAACGAACACGAAUGUUUAACCCUAUCGUAGCACGUUACUAGGGUUAGACACUUAAACAAACAAAGAUAUGGAAUACGAAUUCUAACAUAUGUAUAUGACGAAUUUCCAAGAAUCUUGUCUAUAUUUUUCGAGUAUGUUAAGAUUCUCAUCAACAAAAUGUUGAUGAAACUGAGAAGAAACACAGCAAGUUCUGAAGGAUCUCUUUAAAGGGGAGACUUCAAUCUUCAUAGCGCUAGUGGAUCUGUAGCGACGAAAAAUGUUUUUUCAUGUUUUUACAAACGUUUGAAUUUUUACAAUUUUCGAGAAAAAAAGUAUCCUCACUUUUCCACUCGCUGCAAGGUGUAAAAUUAUCUUUGAAAAAAAAAGAAAAGAAAAAAAAAAAAAGAAGUAAAAACGAACUCGGGACCGCGAAAGCAAAGACUUUACGCUUUAAAGUGAGACCAAGUGGUUCGUUGCGAUGAUUUCUUUUUCUUACGAAGUUAUAUAAGUUCAAUUGCAAUUCAUACUGCAAUAAUUUAGAACUGUCCAAAUCCUUAUGCACGGUAUGUGUUUUUCUACAUGUAACAUGUAGACCAACAUCACGCGAUAAAUAUACAUACCGAUAACCUACGAAAGGUUAACUUGUUUCUUCAAGUUUCGUAAAACGUGAGUCUCGUAACGCAAUUUCGUUCGACUAUUCGCGAUCAGUUUAUUUCGACUGGCAGGGCAACGCGUGUAACGAACGUUGGAGAUUAUCCAGCGAUCUCGACUCGAUGAAAUAUCGACUGUUUUUCUUUGCUGUUGGAAAUUCGAAGCGUGAAAUAUUUGCCGAAAGAUUUACGACCACUUGAUACUCGAUGAUUCAAUGCAAAAUGAAAAUGUUUAUCGUCGUUAACGAUAUCGAGGUUUCGCGAGAGAGGCUGUUCGACUUGCAUCCACCGAUUAUUUGGGUUUUUUGAACAAGUGGUGAAUGGUGGAGAGAAGAGUGUACAAUACAGUAUCUCUUAUUAAUACUUGGACACCACGCUGUUUGAAAGAUUAUUUGUUCAUACAUUUUUUAUAACGCAUCGAAUUAAUUACUUUGAACAUCAGAACAACCAAGUUUAUCAAUCGUGAUGGAUUUUAGAUUCUUUCUUACAAUUUUGUAUAAAAAGUAUUGAUACUUUUGUUAAAAUUAAUAUUGAUUUCUGUU